AUGGAAAUAGAGAAAUCCAGGCCAUUAUGGGACAACUCCUUCCAGUUUGUGUUUGCCUGCAUUUCUUAUGCAGUGGGCCUGGGAAAUGUAUGGCGGUUUCCCUAUUUAUGUCAGAUGUAUGGAGGAGGUGGAUUUCUAGUUCCAUAUCUCAUUAUGUUAAUUGUGGAAGGGAUGCCAUUGUUAUAUUUGGAGCUGGCAGUGGGGCAGCGCAUGCGCCAAGGAAGCAUUGGGGCUUGGAAAGCUAUCAGUCCUUACCUCUGCGGGGUUGGAAUUGCCAGCGUCAUUGUCUCAUUUUUCCUCUCUAUGUACUACAACGUUAUCAAUGCCUGGGCUUUCUGGUACCUCUUCCAUUCAUUCCAGGAUCCUUUGCCCUGGGCCAGUUGUCCAUUGAAUAUUAACCACACAGACUACUUGGAAGAGUGUGAGAAGGCAUCAGCCACUCAAUACUUUUGGUACAGGAAAACCCUCAAUAUUUCUCCAUCCAUUGAGGAGCAGGGGAGCAUCCAGUGGGAGCAAGCAGUAUGUCUCGUCCUGGCUUGGCUGGUGGUCUAUCUGUGCAUUCUAAGAGGAACAGAGUCUACAGGCAAGGUUGUGUAUGUGACCGCUUCUUUGCCCUAUGCAGUUCUCAUCAUAUACUUAAUCAGAGGCCUAACACUCCAUGGAGCUGUAAACGGACUGACAUACAUGUUUACACCAAAGCUAGAGCAACUAGCAAACCCCAAGACUUGGAUUAAUGCAGCUACUCAGAUCUUCUUCUCUCUUGGGCUUGGCUUUGGCAGCUUGAUAGCUUUUGCCAGCUACAAUGAGCCAAACAACAACUGCGAACGACAUGCCAUAAUUGUGUCCCUCAUAAACAGUGCCACUUCAGUAUUUGCUAGCCUUGUGACUUUCUCCAUUUAUGGUUUUAAAGCAACCUUCAAUUAUGAAAACUGCGUAAGCAAGGUAAUCUUGUUGCUGACAAAUGCUUUCGACUUGGAAGAAGGAUCAUUAACAACAGAAAACUUGGAAGAUAUGAAAAGUUACCUAGCAUUUACUCAUCCCGGCAUAUAUGCAGAACUGUUACCACAGAUUAAGAACUGCAGCUUGGAAGCUGAACUAGACACAGCUGUCCAAGGGACUGGAUUAGCAUUCAUUGUGUAUUCCGAAGCGAUAAAGAACAUGGAGGUCUCACAGCUGUAUUCAGUGCUGUAUUUCAUCAUGCUGCUGAUGUUGGGAAUAGGCAGCAUGCUGGGGAACACCGCAGCCAUCCUGACUCCUUUGAGUGACAGCAAGUUCCUUUCUUCCCACGUAUCCAAAGAGAUGAUCUCAGGUGGUGUGUGUUUCAUCAAUUGUAUCAUUGGCUUAGUGUUCACGAUGGAGGCUGGCAACUAUUGGUUUGAUAUUUUCAAUGACUACGCGGCUACUCUCUCCCUGCUGCUUAUUGUGCUGGUGGAAACUAUCGCUGUAUGUUACAUUUAUGGGCUAAGGAGAUUUGAGAAAGAUCUUCAUGUAAUGACUGGACAUAAGCCCAGUUGGUACUGGAAGGUUAUGUGGGCCUUUGCUAGUCCUGUGCUAAUUGUAAGCUUGUUUUUAUUUUACAUCGCUGACUACAUCAGCACAGGGACACUGCAGUACCAAGCAUGGGAUGCAACACAGGGUCAGCUGGUUACAAAAGAUUAUCCCAGUGGCGCCCUAGCAGUUAUUGGGUUGCUUGUGGCAGCAUCCACUGUGUGUAUACCACUAGGUGCAUUACUAACUUUUAUCAUAAACAGAACAAAGAGGGGAAAUGUAUCAACUAUUGCCUGAACAUUAGGAACUGGACUCAGGAGAAUUUCAUGAACGGCUGCAACUUCCACACCACACCUUGAAAACUACAGCAGCUAUAGCCUGCAACAAUCAAAAGAAAUACAGAACUUGGGUGAUCAUACCAAACUGUCCUCUUGGUUAUUCUAGGGUCAAAACAUACUAUUUUGUAGACUUCAAGAUAGUCUUUGAGAGGCAUCUACAAGGAGUGGUAACUCACAAAAAUGCCUCUAAAUACCAGUUGCAAGGGAGCAACAGCAGGAGAGAGGGCCUGCCCUCACCUCUUGCCUGUGGGCUUCUCAGCUGCAUCUGGUGGGCCACUGGGUGAAACAGGAUGUUGGACUCGAUGAGCCUUGGGCCUGAUCCAGCAAGGCUGUUAUAUUCUUAAAAUGGCCAAUUCCAUCUGCCUAAUUAAAACAAUCUGCCUGAGUGGAAGUGUGUUUCUUUUGUAUCUGAAGCACUGAAAGCUUUGCACAGCAGGAAAGCUGCAAUUUGCACAAAUAAAUUGUGCAUUAUAUAUGGACAAAUUGUCAAAGUUACAUGUCUUGAACAAUGCAAAUAUCUUCUAGGAGAUGCUAGGAAGUUUCUGUAGAAGCUAUAUUAGCUCAUCAAUGAAGUUAAUGUUUAUAUGUUAAACAGAAAAAUCACCAAUGUUCAAAUUACCAUUUGAAGUAAACAGUA